GUCAUCCUUUGAUCCACAUCCUCCCUCUCUCAGACAUAUACACUCGCCCAGCAUGACUUCCCUCGUCACCAAUUACGCCACCAAGCGCAUGAAGGGAGUCGUCAGCAACCAUGCAGCCAUCUACGAGCCAGAAGACCCUUUCUACAUCACAUACGUGGAUGACAACGGCAAGCAGAAGAGGACAAAGCGUCCACCGCCACCAGGUCUGACCAAGAAGGAGGCAUCACUCCUCAGGAAGAUUCAGCGUCGCGCCCACUACCUUGACAAGGGUAUCAACCUCUGCGGCUUCCGCGUAGGGUGGACUUUCUUCAUCGGUCUCAUCCCAGGAGCAGGAGACAUCGCCGAUGCCUCGCUCAACUACUUCCUCGUACUCAAACCAGCCAAGAAUGAGCUCGAUCUCCCCUCCUGGCUCGUCCAAAAGAUGCUCUUCAAUAAUGCCGUCUCCGCCGGCGUCGGUCUCGUCCCGCUAGUAGGAGACAUCGUCCUGGCAAUCUGGCGCGCCAAUUGGCGCAACGCUAAACUCCUCGAGGAGUUCCUCCGCGUCAAAGGCGAAGAGAACAUGGCUAAUGGACUCACGGGAUUGACACCGCAUACGGACGCGAGGGGAAGGAAGGUGGAACAUCCCGCGCAGGGAGCAGCGAGGCAGGCGGUACUUGAGAGUCAGGGACAGGGGAGGCAGAGUGGACAGGGUGGACAGCAGCAGCAGCAGCAGCCAAUGCAGGGAUCGGUCGCGGGAGCCGGUGCAGGGACGACGGCUGGGACCAGUGGAGUAGCUGCUGGUAGCAGGCGGAAACCGUGAAGGAGGAAGCAGUGAUCCAGGUCGUCAAGGGGGGGCGUUCAUCUCGUCUAUCAAGCCGACGCCAAGUACAC